CUGUUCCUUAUCUUUCUAGUUGACCAGUUUCAUUCUGUUGCAGUUCCAGUUUGCGUUUUACUCCAGGCGCUAUUUCUCAAGGCCCUAGAGGCGCGUACACUUCCGCAUCAAAGAGCAGAGCGCUUAGGCUCUGAUUCCCACUCUUGCAGAUAUCAGUCAUUGCCUUCACGAGUCGUCUCUUUAACUAAACCCGUGUUAACUAAACGAAUUGUGAACGCCUAUCUCUGGUCGCUUGCGGCAUCUCAAGUAGCAUUCCAGUACAUUUUGGCCAUAACGCCGAAUUUCUGUGAUGGUUUGUCUAUCUGUCUGCCUAUUGCUCAGGCCAGGCCGCCAAAGUUGUACUGGUUUAUUCAAACAGACAUACCUCACUGA